AUGUGGAAGUUUGCUGUGCCAUGGUUCGCUUUUCUCAUCAGCACCGUAAUAAUCGUUAUUCAACGGACAACUAUCACAAAUUUGCAGAGACAACUCGUCACCUCCGUGCGAACAAAACGCUCAGUCGAUGCGCAGAAUGGCGUAUUUCUGCCGGUUUACGCACAAAUCUCGCGAAAAGCAAUGCAUCGAAUGUGUCUACAGAAGCGAUAUAAUAUGAAGGAAUUGGAGGGUGUAGAGAAAACGACACCGAUGACGUCACCACGAAAACCGAAAGCUCAACGUUUUCGCGUACGCUCGGAACGGAAACGCUGCUCCAGUGAAGUGAAUAUGUCCGAUCCUUCACUUGUUGGCAUCCGGCCAAAUACUAUGGGCGCAGCGUUGCGAGACAAACACGCCUACUAUGUCACUGAAUUUGAUCUGGGCUAUAGUAUGUUAGUGUUCCCUUCAGUACGUUCACUCAACAAUUCUGAACCAAAAUCAAUAGCAACUCUGCCGUAUCCAUUCCAUGGCACAGACAAUACGGUAUUCAAUGAUACCGCCUACUACAAUUAUGGUGACAUGCUUAUCGCAUACAAUUUAAAGAAUGGCGAAACGAAAGAGCUACGGCUAAACAUCAGUACGAGUAUGCUCUAUAAUAAUUCGAAUUCUCGUAUGGAUGUGCAGGCAGACGAGCACGGUAUAUGGGUGUUGUAUCGACGGAAAGGCGAGGAUUACAUGACAGCCAGUCGUGUACAACCAAUCAGUUUAAAGGUGUUGUCAAGUUGGCCUCUGCCCGCUGUUCUUCCAUCUCGUCUGUGCAAUGCGAUUAUACGUUGUGGAUUACUGUACACUGUGGAAUGUGGCGUCGAUUCGGUGACAAUGUCCGCAAUCUAUGAUUUCUACGCUCAUAUGUACGUGAACGGAAAGCAGACCAGAUGGAAAGGCCUAAACACUCUAUCGAGCGUUCAAUACGAUCCAAAUUCGAAAAGUAUCACCAUUUUCGACAAUGGGAAUAUUUAUACCGUAUCUGCGUCAUAG